UCCUUCUCCGUUUCGGCUGGAGGUGCCAGGACCCCCGGCCGCAGCCUCCCCUCCCCCGCCGCUCGCGUCCCUUCUCAUCCGGCCCUCCCCUCCCCCGCCGCGGCCGGCACAGCCAAUCCCCCGAGCGGCCGCCAACAUGCUCUUUGAGGGCUUGGAGCUGGUGUCGGCGCUGGCCACCCUCGCCGCGUGCCUGGUGUCGGUGACGCUGCUGCUGGCCGUGUCGCAGCAGCUGUGGCAGCUGCGCUGGGCGGCCACCCGCGACAAGAGCUGCAAGCUGCCCAUCCCCAAGGGCUCCAUGGGCUUCCCGCUCAUCGGAGAGACCGGCCACUGGCUGCUACAGGGUUCCGGCUUCCAGUCGUCGCGGAGGGAGAAGUACGGCAACGUGUUCAAAACGCACUUGCUGGGGCGGCCGCUGAUCCGCGUGACAGGCGCAGAAAACGUGCGCAAGAUCCUCAUGGGCGAACACCACCUCGUGAGCACUGAGUGGCCACGCAGCACGCGCAUGCUGCUGGGCCCGAACACGGUGGCCAACUCCAUCGGCGACAUCCACCGCAACAAGCGCAAGGUCUUCUCCAAGAUCUUCAGUCACGAGGCCCUGCAGAGCUACCUGCCCAAGAUCCAGCUGGUGAUCCAGGACACACUUCGUGCCUGGAGCAGCCACCCCGAGGCCAUCAACGUGUACCAGGAGACGCAGAAGCUCACCUUCCGCAUGGCCAUCCGUGUGCUUCUGGGCUUCAGCAUCCCUGAAGAGGACCUUGGCCACCUCUUCGAAGUCUACCAGCAGUUUGUGGAGAACGUCUUCUCCCUGCCCGUCGACUUGCCUUUCAGCGGUUACCGGCGGGGCAUUCAGGCACGGCAGAUCUUGCAGAAGGGCCUGGAAAAGGCGAUCCGGGAGAAGCUACAGUGCACCCAGGGCAAGGACUACUCGGACGCACUGGACAUCCUCAUUGAGAGCAGCAAGGAGCAUGGCAAGGAGAUGACCAUGCAGGAGCUGAAGGACGGGACCCUGGAGCUGAUCUUCGCAGCCUACGCCACCACGGCCAGCGCCAGCACGUCGCUCAUCAUGCAGCUGCUGAAGCACCCCGCCGUGCUGGAGAAGCUGCGCGAGGAGCUGCGGGCCCAGGGCAUCCUGCACAGCGGCGGCUGCCCUUGCGAGGGCACGCUGCGCCUCGACACUCUCAGCGGGCUCCACUACCUGGACUGUGUCAUCAAGGAGGUCAUGCGCCUUUUCACACCCAUUUCUGGUGGCUACCGUACCGUGCUGCAGACCUUCGAGCUCGAUGGUUUCCAGAUCCCCAAAGGCUGGAGUGUCAUGUACAGCAUCCGGGACACCCAUGACACGGCACCCGUGUUCAAGGACGUGAACGUGUUCGAUCCGGACCGCUUUGGUCAGGCCCGGAGUGAAGACAAGGAUGGCCGCUUCCAUUACCUCCCGUUCGGAGGCGGAGUCCGCACCUGCCUGGGCAAGCAUCUGGCCAAGCUGUUCCUGAAGGUUCUGGCAGUAGAGCUGGCCAGCACGAGCCGCUUUGAGCUGGCCACCCGGACCUUCCCCCGCAUCACCUUGGUCCCUGUCCUGCACCCCGUGGAUGGCCUCAGUGUCAAGUUCUUUGGCCUGGACUCUAACCAGAACAAGAUCCUGCCAGAGACGGAGGCCAUGCUGAGUGCCACAGUCUAACUGCGCCUAGCCUGUACCCCCA